UUCCUACCGGCUCACCACACUUCGAGCCGUUCUUUUAGCCCGACACGUGUCGUAGGGGAGAGGGAAGAAAAUCCUCCACAAAGCAACAGACUUUUUUUUGGUGUUAACAAAGUACUACUUGAAACAGUUUAAAAGGAUAUAUUUAGAGAAAGGAUCUAGUUGGAACGUUAACUUUUAUUUCCUAUACGUGUGGACUUGAGUUUAAUCCGACUACGGGGUGACUAUUUAUACGGAACUGUUUAAAUUUAAAUUAAUAAGCUUUUCCCCCUUUUAGAAAGUUUGGCGGCUAGGACGCAGGCGCGAAACAUUAGCGUCCGAAAUUCGAAUGCUAAUUUCCCAGAGUUUUCAUCCUAUACGUGUGAGGUUUUUUUCCGUAGGGAUAAAGGUUUUUUGUUUUAACUUUGCCCUACUCCCCUCCCGUUUGGCGGCGGUGUAUAUGAGUGGGAACUCCAGCACGAAAUAUGGUAGACAGGGGCCCUUUAUUGACCUCCGCUAUCAUCUUCUAUCUGUCAAUCGGCGCUGCCAUCUUCCAAGUGUUGGAAGAGCCGAACUGGACCGAGGCCGUCGACCAGUACAAGAUCAAAAAGUCGCAGAUCCUUGAAGAAUAUCCUUGCCUCACUAAGGCAGCUCUGGAAAAGAUCUUAGCGACUGUUGAAGAAGCUGCUGGGCAAGGGGUCACCAUCACUGGGAACAAGACCUUCAACAACUGGAACUGGCCCAACGCAGUUAUUUUUGCUGCUACAGUCAUUACCACCAUUGGGUAUGGAAAUAUUUCACCCAAGACUUCUCCAGGCCGUCUCUUCUGCAUCUUCUAUGGGCUGUUUGGCGCACCCCUCUGCCUCUCCUGGAUUAGUGCCUUAGGCAGGUUCUUUGGAGGAAGGGCCAAGAAGCUAGGAGAGGCCUUAACCAGGAAAGGUGUGAGUCCGCGGAAGGCCCAGAUAACCUGCACGGCCAUUUUCAUUGUGUGGGGUGUUCUGAUUCAUCUGAUGAUUCCACCCUUCAUCUUCAAGGUGACUGAGGGAUGGUCAUACAUUGAAGGCUUGUACUUUUCCUUUAUUACGAUCUCCACCAUUGGAUUUGGAGACUUUGUGACAGGUGUCAACCCAAAUGCAGACUAUCACGUCCUCUACAGGUACUUUGUGGAGCUGUGGAUAUACCUGGGCCUGGCGUGGCUUUCCCUCUUCUUCAACUGGAAAGUGAGCAUGUUUGUCCAGGCACACAAAGCCAUCAAGAAGAGGCGAAAGCGAAUGAGAAGGCCUUUGGGAAACGUGGUGAGCUCUGGAUCUCUCAACUCUAAACUUGCGGACUCUAAGAUUGCAGACUCGACGGAGGUAAACAUAUUUCGCUUCCUUUCCAAGAAGCAGGAGAGCUACAAUGAUCUCAUGAAGCAGAUCGGCUCAGAGACUUUGAAGGAUAACAGCAAUAAACUACUGAGUGUUGAGGUUCCAGUGAAAGUGGUAACCAAGGACAAAGAUAAUGUUAAACCGAGUGCAAUUGAGUUCCGAAAAAUGGGCCUGAAGAGGUUUCGCUAUGAGCCACCCAAUCUGCCCGCCAUCGAAGACACUGAGAUUAAAGAUCCCUUAAAUGAAGGGAAAGACUUCAACACUCAGACACAUCAUGCACAGCAAGAGAAUCAACUGGAUAAAACUGUUCCCGAAGAUCACUCAGCAUGGGACACGCGCAACCAUCCGCCAUUAUUCUUUGAGAAUGCCAAUAUCCGAUUUAUAGAUGAACAAAAUAUUCUCAGCAAUGAUGAGAAGGCCAGCCUGUCGGUGGAUGACAACCUGAUGGAGGAGGGAGAGUCAGACGUACUCAUGGAAUCACCAGAUUGUAACCAUUUAGACUUCCAUAUCUACAAUCUGGGAGGUCCACUUGACUAUGAGCAACUGAUGAAUGGUUACAACAAGGUACACAAUAUUGAGGUGGUGAUAUAGCGAAGUGCAUCUGAGCUUUGUUCUCCACAUCCCCUCCUCUGGAGCUCCCUUGCCCAUUCAACAAGGUGACCUGGGCAAAAGGGGAAAGAUAACAUCACAAUGAUUUGGAAGAGCUGUUAAUGACAUUUGGCUCUGUGGUACAAAUGCCCCUAAGGCAUAAGCACGUUCUUCUUAUCAGCCUGAAGGAAGGGGAGGGAACUGAAAACCCUCUUCCAAUGGGAGGAUUGGAGAGCAGAAUUUCCAGAACAAACAUAGACUAAUGUGGAAUUUGUUUCCAUGUGUAAAGAUACUGAAAAGAACUUUUCUUGAAAAAUACUGUGAGUUUUUUUUUCCCAAAUGACCAAUUUGUUUUAAAGUAAAUAUUUGAAGAUUCUUUCGAGCCAGUACUGUAGAUCAUAAACAAGCCCGUUGCUUUUGAUUCUAAGUAUUUUUGAGGCUAUUUUCACAUGGAAGGUUUCCUGUGACUUAGAUUUAACAGCAUACCAAAAUUAUAUGUAGAAGGUCCACACGCUCGUGUUUUCAACAUGAGAAAUUUGGAGUGAGGUUAGAUAUUGGGUGGGUUUUAAGAACUGGAUUUACAGUACUGUGUAAAAGUCUUAGGUGCAUCUAUAUGGCUAGGGGGCCUAAGACUUUUGCUCAGUACUGUAUUUGUCAACGUGGAGUGGAGAGUGAUUUUGUAAAUCGACAGGGAUGUUAGGAAGGGUGAGGGUGGAGUGCCCCAGGAGGGAUGUGGGACAGGUGGCAGAGGAGGUUUGCCAGUGGUGGGGGAUGGUUGGGUGCAGACACACCCUGAGACACCAGGCAAGGUCAUUUGAUUCCAAACAAUUGGUUUAUUGAUCAUUACAGAAUGUCUCUCUGGUGCCUCCCACUUCCUCCGCUCCCCCUUCCCAUUCCUAGACCAUAAUAGAGACCCAUAUCAAAAUCAGAUUUAUCACAAAUCACAUAUGUCAUGAAAAUAUUAUUUUUUGGGGCAGCAGUACAGUGCCAAAAUCUGUGUUGAGCAGUAAACUGGCCCAUUUUGCUCCGUGACCCCCAUCUGUUUAGAAGUUUGGCUCUACUACUCAGUGAAUCUUGAAUAAAUUCUGUAUUUUUAUUUUUGCCUCUGUUUCUGACUUUUCAGCAAUAAUUUGGAGGCAGUUUUUAUUUUCUAAUUUUGUCCCAAGCUAUCUCCAAGGUGGGGGGAAGAAACAAUCUGAAAGGUCGAAGGGCACCUAAAUAAGCCAAGUGGCUUCCGCUAUGCACAUUUCAAUUGAAGUGAAGAAACUUUUAUCUGAACAUUGUUAGAAGCAGAGGAAAUAUCUGAUGAGGAAGGCUAAAAGUUGAGCCUCCUUCCAUUGUAUAUUCCCUAUUCAUCACAAUUUAAUCCAUAACUAACAGUGUGACUGAGCCAGUGUACAUGAUUUUCUUUGCUCUGUUGUUGCACUUUUAUAUGAGAUGAAGGUAUCCAAACAAAGCAAAAAAAAACAAAAAAAAAAGUUAGCACUUAAUUGUUUACAUUUUAACACCAGAUUGGUACUCAUUUCAGAGAAAGGCAGGCAGCUAUCUGACUUUUGCAGAUAGGGUGAUGGCAGAUGGAUCCAGGGGAAGAGCCUGUUAUGUCUUGUCAGACCCAAGUGUGCCAAAAGAAACACAUACUGCAAGCAUGUUUUCACUGAUCUAAUCCAUUAGUUAAUGUGGUUAUGUCUUUUAAAGACUAUAUAUGUAUCGGUUACAGAAAGGAGCUGCUGCAGGAAUUAAUUUCCAUCGCACUUUUCUGCUUUUAAUGUGAACUUCUACAAUUGCUUGAGAACAAAGGUCCUAUUAAAUGGAGGUGCUUGCACUAUCUCAGAUUAGUGGGACUAAUUCCCAAAGUGGUACAGUGUCCAUAAGAUGCCAAUAGCAUUUGUACAUGCAAGGCAAGGGUGCCAAUGAAGCCCAUCUUUAACUAGAUUGGUGAAUCCGGUGCAAAAACUCCAUGCUUCCAAUUUAAUUCAUUUCUGAUCGUCAGGUCAUUUUCAACUUCCAGAUGGUGGAAUCUGGCAUCUCCAGAUUUCUCUUCUUUGUAUCCAAGCAGUCGACUUUUUAAAACUUCCCUAAAUUAAUAAAUUGAGUUGAAGACCAAUGUGGUGAGGCAUUGAUUAACCAUUAAAGAUUCAUUGUGAGAUGGAGGAGUGUGAUUUAGGAUUAUAAAUAUUUUUUCAAAGAGUUUAAAUUUUCUUUUAUUGUUUUUGACUUAACAAACAGGAACUGAACAAAUAUUUAAUGGAACACACUCCUUACUUGGUCUUAAGUUGCAGGGAUAAUUUUUGCAAGUCUCUCAUUAAGAAACAUUUUAUAAACCAUCUCCAAAUAUGAAGUAUACCCAACUUUUAGAAUGUUGUGGCUAAGUCGGAGAAAAGGCUGAAAAGCAAACUGCAAGCCUGCCAUGAUCAAGCAUCAAGCACCCUGCUUUACUUUGCGGAGAUAUCCAAUCUCCAGGAACACACCUUUGGCAGAGCCAAUGUACAACAAAAACUUGACUUCACUUUGGAUGUUGGAACUCAAAGAGCUAGUUACAAAGCAAUGACUGAAUGAACUUCUUAAAAAGAGAAGGUUAAGAUGACUCUGUAAACCAGUGAGUAGAUAAGCAAAAUAUAGACUUUAUUAUUGCCUUAACAUUUGCUGCCAGGCAUUUUCACAUGAUCAGUUGCUGAGAAUUAUCAGUCAGUUUAGUUAAAGCAGAACAUGAGAGUAAAGGGGUAGUGGUGACGAUACGAACUGAUUACAGUGGAUGUAAUAACUGUAAAAGUAGAUGUCUGAAGAGUAAUACUAGCUUAUACUGUACUUAUACACACACACACACACACACACACACACACACACACACACACACACACACAC